CUCCCCUUCCUUCCCGCCACACGGUCACGCCUGUGUUCGACUGCCUUGCCCCACGACACGCACACAGCCGCGUCUCGGGUCUCCAAUUACCCUCGCUUUAAUAAUAAAUGCCUUUGCCGGGGUGCGGGUUUCCCCCUUUCUUUUCCUUUUUUUUUUUUUUUUUUUUUUUUAAUAGGGUUAAUGCAAUAUUAAUUGCUCGUAGCUGCUAUAAGAAUGCGCCGCGUUUUUCCAGGAACAAAUCGAUGGAUCGGGGCGGCGAGCGCGGAACAGGAGGCGCAGCCCUGGGGCCGCCCGGGUGAGACCCCCGAGCCCUCCCGGAGGAGGGAGCCCGGCGGCUCAGGAGGGGAACCUGCCCCGCGGCUGCGGCUCAGCGCGCCCCGCAAAGAUGAGUUUGGAGGAGCGAGCGCGCCGUGGACAACCUGGAUGAGCGGGGAGAGGCUGGGGCUGCCCCCGGGGCUGGCAGAGCAGCACCCUCGGCGCGGUGGCCCCUCACGGUCGCCCCUCACGGCGGCGCCGGGCCCGGCCCGGGGCCCGCUCCGUGGCGGGGCCGGGGAAGCCGCUCUGGGCCGAGGCGGAGUAAACCCGCUUAAUGAUGUGCAGACGUGACUCCACCGCCUCUCCCCCACUCCAUCGGAAGAGCAUAAAGGCCAAUAAAUUACCUCCGC